GGACGGUCAGGAUGGAAGGACAUGCAAUUUGCGCUUCAUUUGAGGCGAAUUUCAUUUGACCACACCUUCCUUUUUUAAACCACAGGGCGGGUACCUCAGCCACACACAUACACACACAAAUUUCACAAACUUCGAAAAAACACGACACACUCUCAUACACACACGUUGUCGCACACACAUUCCUUCUUUCCGUAGCAGCAAGCAUCCUCACCAUAAACUACAAUGGCCGAUGCCGAGGAUAUUCAACCCCUCGUUUGCGAUAAUGGAACUGGAAUGGUCAAGGCUGGUUUUGCCGGAGAUGAUGCUCCGAGGGCGGUGUUCCCUAGCAUUGUGGGGCGUCCACGUCACACUGGGGUGAUGGUUGGAAUGGGGCAGAAGGAUGCGUAUGUUGGGGACGAGGCUCAAUCGAAGAGGGGUAUUUUGACUCUGAAAUACCCUAUUGAGCAUGGGAUUGUGAGUAAUUGGGACGACAUGGAGAAGAUCUGGCAUCACACUUUCUACAACGAGCUUCGUGUGGCUCCUGAAGAACACCCUGUACUUCUCACCGAGGCGCCGCUUAAUCCUAAGGCUAAUCGUGAGAAAAUGACUCAGAUCAUGUUUGAGACCUUCAACACCCCUGCUAUGUAUGUCGCCAUCCAAGCUGUGCUUUCGCUUUAUGCUAGUGGCCGUACAACUGGUAUUGUUCUGGACUCCGGAGAUGGUGUCAGUCACACGGUUCCUAUUUACGAAGGAUAUGCCCUUCCACAUGCGAUCUUGCGUUUGGACCUUGCAGGGCGUGAUCUCACCGAUGCCCUCAUGAAAAUCCUGACUGAGCGUGGUUACUCUUUCACCACAUCUGCAGAGCGGGAAAUUGUGAGGGACAUGAAGGAGAAACUGGCCUAUAUUGCUCUUGAUUACGAGCAGGAAUUGGAAACUUCCAAGACCAGCUCGGCCGUCGAAAAGAGCUACGAGCUUCCUGAUGGGCAGGUGAUCACUAUUGGUGCUGAGCGAUUCCGGUGCCCCGAAGUUCUGUUCCAGCCAUCCAUGAUUGGGAUGGAAUCUCCUGGCAUCCACGAGACAACAUAUAACUCUAUCAUGAAGUGUGAUGUCGACAUUAGGAAGGAUCUAUAUGGUAACAUUGUCUUGAGUGGAGGUUCCACAAUGUUCCCCGGUAUUGCUGAUAGGAUGAGCAAGGAGAUUACAGCAUUGGCACCAAGUAGCAUGAAAAUUAAGGUUGUCGCACCACCAGAGAGGAAGUACAGUGUCUGGAUUGGAGGCUCCAUCUUGGCUUCCCUCAGCACCUUCCAACAGAUGUGGAUUGCGAAGGCGGAGUAUGAUGAAUCUGGACCAUCAAUCGUACACAGGAAAUGCUUCUAAGUUAUAAUCAUGGAUUAUGAAAGCUGGACCAGGGAAAUUACUAUUUAUACGAAUACUACAAAAAUACCAUCAAGUGGUUGAGGACUUGCAUUUCCUACUCUUUACCAUUCCUUUUAUCAUGUUUUUGUGUUUUCCUUUCUUUGAUAUGUUGAGAUAAGAGCAUGAAGGCUGGCAAGAUAUGUAAGAUUCACAUUUUUCCCCGUUUUGUUGUAGUAGAAGAGAUGUGCAUUGUUACCGAUUUGGUUUGGUUGAAUCGACAAAUUCUUUUUAAGUAUUCUGAUUAAAGCAGUGGUAUGGUACUUGCUUGAUUUAUAAUUCUCUGCAA